AUGAAGCCUAUUGCGAUAAAAUGGGUAGUAGAAAUUAAAUUUAAGGACUUGGGUUUAGGAUAUAUUGAGGUAAAAGACGGAUGGAGUUAUGGCCUAAUGGUUAUACGCAACGCCAAGCGACGAAUGAUGGGACUCUCAGUUGGUACUUGGGAGGACGAGAUAAAUCCAGACCGGGUAGUUAAGGAGGUGGUCGGAGAUUGUUAA